CGCCAAGAAGGAAGGGGACCUGCUGACCGCCCAGGCGCGCCUCAAGGAUGUGGAGGCUUUGCUUAACUCCAAGGAGGCCGCGCUCUCCACGGCCCUGGGCGAGAAGAGGAAUCUGGAAACCGAAGUGCGGGACCUGAGGGCGCAGGUGGCCAAGCUGGAAAGCGCCUUGGGAGAAGCCAAGAAGCAGCUGCAGGAUGAGAUGCUGCGCCGCGUGGAUGCCGAGAACCGGCUCCAGACGCUGAAGGAAGAGCUCGAAUUCCAGAAGAACAUCUACAGCGAGGAGCUGCGGGAGACCAAGCGCCGCCACGAGACCCGGCUGGUGGAGAUCGACAACGGGCGGCAGCGGGAGUUUGAGAGCAAGCUCUCCGAAGCCCUGCAGGAGCUGCGGAGCCAGCAUGAAGCCCAGAUCAGGCUUUACAAGGAGGAACUGGAGAAGACCUACGGGGCGAAGCUGGAGAACGCCAAGCAGUCGGCCGAGAGGAACAGCAACAUGGUGGGUGCUGCCCACGAGGAGCUGCAGCAAACCCGCAUCCGCAUCGACAACCUCUCCUCCGAAGUCAGCCAGCUGCAGAAGCAGUUGGCCGCCAAGGAGGCGAAGUUGCACGAUUUGGAGGAUAUUCUGGCCAGGGAACGCGAGACCAACCGGCGCCUGCUCUCCGACAAGGAGCGGGAGAUGGCCGAGAUGCGGGCACGCAUGCAGCAGCAGCUGGAUGAGUACCAGGAGCUGCUGGACAUCAAGCUGGCCCUGGACAUGGAGAUCAACGCCUACCGCAAGCUGCUGGAGGGCGAGGAGGAGCGGCUGAGGCUGUCCCCCAGCCCGUCCUACCACAAAGGGGCAUCCCGGAGCCACUUGUCCACCCCGGGCUCCUCCAAGAAGAGGAAGCUGGAGGACAGCGAGAGUCGGACCAGCUUCUCCCACCACGCCCGGACGAGCGGCCGCGUCGGCGUGGAGGAGGUGGACUUGGAGGGCAGAUUCGUCCGUCUCAGGAACAAGUCCAACGAGGACCAGUCGUUGGGCAACUGGCAGAUCAAGCGGCAGAACGGGGAUGAUCCCCCCAUCACCUACCGCUUCCCCCCGAAGUUCACCCUGAAGGCUGGCCAGGUGGUCACGGUCUGGGCCUCGGGGGCCGGGGCGACCCAUAGCCCCCCCAGCAACGUGGUGUGGAAAGCCCAGAGCAGCUGGGGCUCCGGGGACAGCCUGCGCACUGCCCUGAUCAACUCCAACGGGGAGGAGGUGGCCAUGCGGAAACUGGUCCGCACGGUGAUCAUCAACGAUGAAGAUGAGGACGAGGACGACGAUGAAGUUAACAUCCACCACCGCCAUCACCACGGUAGCUGCGGUGGCCCUGGGGACCCCGGUGAAUACAACCUCCGCUCGCGCACGGUGGUCUGCGGCACGUGCGGUCAGCCGGCUGAGAAGUCAGGCAACCAGAAUGCUGGCCUCAACACCAUGUCCUCGGGCUCAUCCACUUCCAGCGUGACCGUCACCCGCAGCUACCGCAGCAUGGGUGACUCCGGCAGCAUCGGCCUUGGGGACAGCCUGGUGACCAGGUCCUACCUCCUGGGGAACUCCAGCCCCCGUAGGCAGGCUCAGGCUGUGCAAAACUGCAGCAUCAUGUAACUCCGUGGCACCAUUCCUGUGUUUCCUGGCCGUCUUGUGCUAGUUUUUUUCCCAAAGCAAACGAAAUUUUUUUUUGGUUUUUUUUCCUUUAA